GCAUUCACAAAAGUCGUGGUAAUAACUAGAUGUCGUUAGUCGGAUUUCCGUCUGCAUUAUGUUGUGCAACGAUUACGUCUGGCAGCCACGUGUGUACUGACGCAUGUCACUGUUAUAAAGCAGGGCGGUGCCAGGCAUCCGCACACAGUGCCAGUGCCUGGCCUGAUGGUCCACUUUCUUGUCAGAACCAUGGACCCCUGCGACUCCCGGAUGCCUCCCUUCAGUCCCCUGCAGGACUACGGCACCAGCAACGGCUUGGACCUGACAGUCAACGCUCAGCACCCGAGGCUACACGCACCCCCCGCAGCCUCCCCCUGGCCCAGACUAGCAGACGACGAGGACGAGGAGGAUGACGAGGAGGUUCGGUAUGGUGCGACGAGGCCCAAGAUGUUCGAGAUGGGCCCUCUGGAUGACCCGGCCAUGGAGGAGCGGCGGCAGCGGGCCAUCUACGCCAAGAGGAACCGCGAGAUGAAGAAGAGGGAAGUGGAGAAACUACAGCGCGAGGCGGCGGCGCUGCGGGACAUUAUGGAGCAGUGCCAGGCGAAGGUGGCAGGAAUGAACCACCUGGCGCAGAGUCAACAAAGCAAGAUACAGGAGCUGGAGCGGAGCCUCGCCGACGCCCGCCAGCAGCUGAGGGCGAGGGACCAGCAGCUUCUGAGUACCCAGGAGAGGCAGAGGCGCAUGAGGACCCACCUGGAGAUGAUCGCUGAGGGCUGCGAGGAAAACAACAUGGCGCGCCGCAUGAUCCUCACCAUGCUCGCCACCACCAGCCUGUCGGAGGAGCGCUGAGGCUGACGUACGCGCCUGCGCCCGCUCACGUUGUCUGUGAGGAUUGAUUUCAGCAGCUAUUACUUUAUCAGUGUGAUCUUUCUUCUGACUGUUUGUUCAUUGGUUCUGGUUUUACACCUCAGUGAUGCUGAUGUAUUCAGUGGUUAGCGUACGCCGCCAACUUUACCUGCACCUGGUUUUAGCUUUGAAUGGUAGGUAAUGUGUGCCACAAACACUUCCUUGAGCAAGUCGAUAGAUCCUGCCAGGAGGUACUCAGGAUGGAAAGGGAACAUACAUGGAGACUCGCCCGGAGGGACCCAAGGACUUGGCGUCCUACGGUGGGCGAAGCGACGCCUUCCCCAGCGUAUACCCCCAUUGAUUGAUUGAUAAACACUUCAGUAAUAUAUAUAUAUAUAUAUAUAUAUAUAUAUAUAUAUAUAGAGAGAGAGAGAGAGAGAGAGAGAGAGAGAGAGAGAGAGAGAGGUGAAGAUGGAGGGAUGAUUAAAAGAAAAUAAAGAAGGAACGAAUGAAAAAAUAGCGUCAGAUAAAGACAGCAAAAUGAUAGCUAUGUUAAGAAUAGAAUUAGGGAUUAUUUCCAUAACAGCAUUGCUACCCAACUCAGACACUGCUGUGACAAUGGCAGCACUGGCAGCCUCCACUAUGCUAGUGUCUCCCACCACUGUGUUUACCCCUAUGGGCGAAACAGUGCACCUCAGGAUGUGGUAGCAAUGCGUCUUUUUAGGCUAGGCUAUAGGUACUACUGCAGGUUAGUAACUCCCCUGUGUCCGCUGCACGCUGUGUGCCAGGCCGAGGGGCCACACACUGCAACACUAUGUCAUGGAAUGCCCUUUCAUUGCUUUUUUUAAGCCACGGGACUGCCUUGACCUUAAAUGCCGUUGAUAUAAUAGAUCUACAUUAAAUAUAUAGGAAUAUAUUAUGUACUUUUUGUAACUCAAACCAUCAAUUCUUUUUUUAUUUUUCGUCUAGUAUGCAAAGACAAGUGGUAAAUUCCCUUAGUUCAGCCCAGGCGCCGGAUGCUCAAAGGUGGUGGUAACUUAUCCCCGGAGACGGUUGUAAGUCACGGGUCGCGUCGCAAGUUUGCUCCGCGCUAGGACCGUCCUCCGCAGCGAUGCACAGCGCGGUCGCCGCGGCGUGCUAAGGGUCAGCCCUAUGGUUCACGAGUGAGGCGGUAGAGGGCGGGCAGCUCACCAGCUGAAGUGGAUGCAACCAAUGGAAAUCAGUGAAACAAAAAAGACAGCCAAUCAGGAUCAAGGAAGGUUAUUGCAAAAAAACGGCGCCAGAGACGAAAACUACCGCGAGUCAGUAUUUCCUCAAGUCCGUACAGCCAAGCUAAGAUGGGGAAGACUAGUGAGUAUUGGCCGGAGAGGAGGUUGCCGUGCAGGAAAUAACGACGGUCAAGAUUUUAGAACUGGGGCAGUUGUCAGGCGCGGCAAAGAGGUGUGGGUUAGAGGUGAACAACGUAUGCUAUGUGUGUGGGUACGAGAUAGGGUUUCUUUCCCGGGAUCCCGGGAUCUCGGGAUCCCGGCCAUAAAGUUGUUGUUUUUUCUUCCCGGGAAAUUUGUAAAAUCCCGGGAAAUCCCGGGAUACUUUUUUUAUUACUUUUCUCUUAUAUCUGCUACAAAAUAUGAAAAUGUAUGAGAGAGAGAGAGAGAGAGAGAGAGAGAGAUGCCUGGGUCCCAGGCAUAUCUCUCUCUGUGGAGCAUGGAGGCUUGGUGGGGGUCACUGAAGGUGGCCACUCCAAAUUAAGAUCAAAGCUUAGUGAUCUUAGUAUUGACUGUUUGUGCUUUUUGAAAUGUUAUUUUGUAAUAGUAGGAUAUCAAUGUAUUAUUAUUAUUAUUAUUAUUAUUAUUAUUAUUAUUAUUAUUAUUAUUAUUAUUUAAUAUCACCACGAAUUAGGCAUACACUUGUCAAUGGAAAAAACCCACGACAGAUAGAUCACGCCGCCUUAUAGGAAUGUCGUCCGUCAGUGUUUACCGUCUCAGUUUGUAUACAAAGCAUUUCAUCAAGCGUGGAGGUCACCUUGACAUACGUGACCAAUUGUAACUUCAUUAUUUUCCAAUCUGUAACUCGCCACUCCUUCGCGAGAGUUCGACUGAGAAAGUCGCUCUCGCUCCGACGCUCCUGUACAUAUAGGCAAAGAAUAUAUUCGCCUUAAGGAAGCUGAAGUCUUAAUCAACGCCUUUAAACGCCCCCCGGUACACCGUUACAAUUUCAUGAAUAAUUCUUAGGGUGUAUGACUGCGUUUGCAGCUGUCUGAUUUUUUUUUUUUUUUUUUUUUUUACAGGCCAUUCCAUACUCUACGUAGUAUUGAGUGUUUUGAGUCCCAUUUCACUUUUUUUUGUUUACCAUGUCUGGAGAGUUGGGCCUAAAUUCCAAAUAUUCUACUUAUGAUUUUGUACGUGCAUUGCAGAAUUUUCAUUGUUUUCUUCAGCUUUAUUUCAAUACGUACAAUGACAAAAUACCAGGUUAUAUCUAUCAUUCGUUUAUUUCAGGGCAUUUUAGAAUUACUCCGUAGUUUCAUUUUCUGUGUAGUUUACAGUGGUGGGGAUCACUGAGGUGGCCUGUGCCACUGGCCAAGCUUCCAUAUGGAUAUGCUAUUGUAUGCAUAAACUCAUAUUCUAUACAUACAAGGAAACUCCAUGUCAUUUAAAAAUACUUAUUUCACACUUUCACAGGGCAAGUAACUACUUAUGAUGUAUAUACUACUGAGGUUCAUUUACGAAUUACGAUAGAGCAGGAGUAUUAGCAAACAUUAUCUGCUACGGGAAAUUCCGGGAUCCCGGGAAAUGUCUUGCUUUUUCCCGGAAUCCCGGGAUGCUAUAAAAUCCCCAAAACAGGAAACCCUAGUACGAGAGGAAGUUAGAGGCUCAGGAAUGCAUAAUACGUGCAUUGAGGAGUGAGAUGAGGGAGCUAAGGAAGAGGUUUGACAGUGCUCAGGAGAGGCAAGUCCUGGGGGCCGGCCUGGCAAGGGCGAUGGACAAGGGAGAGGCAGGUGUGAGCACGGGUGCCUGAUGGGGGGAAGAAAGGUGUGACAUUCAUGUAUGGGUGAAAGGGGGGGUGACGAUAUGAUUGAGCACAUGCUACUUGAGUGAUGUAUAUAAGAGAGAAAAGGGGAUUAUGGUAACAGUUGUGACCGAAUGGAAUAGGAUGUUGGAGAGGGAUGUAAAAAGGUUAAAUGCAUGCAAUAUUAUUUCAGCUGAGGUAAUUUUCAAAGCAGGCAAUUGUUGUCAUUCAGUAGAUCAUGUCAUCCUUCAUCAUCAGAAAUCAUUUUCAAGACUCAAUUCUGACCUGUCACAUUGCGUAGAUUUUAAUUGUCAUUCUUAGUCAGUUGAGGUCAUCUUGAAGCCAACAAUUCUUGUUUCAUAGUUCAAUUCUUGUCAUUCUUUCUCUUUUUGUUCCUCAGGUAUAUUUUGCAAAUUGAUAUCAUAUUUAUUUCCAUUUAUUUAAUUUUGGGAGCAGGCAUUAAGGCCAGGUUACCUUAUAUUUAGUUCAAUUAGGUCAGAUCAGGUUAGGUUAGAUUUAAUUUGAUUAGGGUAGUUAGUUUUAAUUGUGUUCAAUGAAUGUGUAAUAUGCUUCAGUUAUAUAAUGUGUACUCGCCAUUGCCAAUGGAGCUUGGGAAUAAUAACACAUGACUUAGUCAUUCA